GACUCUGGAGAGCAAGAGGGGAGUCCCAGCUCCCCUCCCUCCCGAGUUUUUUCCGAGGGAUUGUGUAGGCCCGGGGCUCCUCCCGGAAGGAAGAAACAGCUGCGGGGACCUUCUGAUCGCGAAGGGCCCUGAUCCUGCUUCCAUGUCCCGGGUCUUUGAGCUGCAGCCACAGGACGGUGGCGCCCCGGUCGCCCUGGAGCCCGGGGAGACGGUGAUCGGCCGCGGCCCGCUGCUGGGAAUAACAGACAAGAAAGUGUCCAGAAGACAUGCCAUUCUUGAGGUGGUGGGCAGUCAGCUUCGAAUCAAACCGAUACACACAAGUCCAUGUUUUUAUCAGUCUUCUGAGAAGAGCCAGUUCUUACCAUUAAAGACAAAUCUUUGGCACUGGUUGAAUCCUGGAGAUAGUUUUUCUUUAUUAGUUGACAAAUACAUUUUCCGUGUUUUCUCUACAUAUUCUGAAACAGAAUUGGAAUCUACUUUAAGAAACAGCCAAAUGCUUGAUGCAGAUGAUAUGUUGAAUGAAACACCAGAAUCACCCUUGGUGAAGUUGCCUGAUGAGAAAGGUGGUGCCCCACAGCUGGAAAGAAGUGCAGAGGUAGCAACAGCUCAGACUUCUACCACAAAAAGUGCGUCUUUCCUAGGUGAAUGUUCAGACUUCAGUAAGCAGCAAUUAAACCCUGCCCAGAGGAAAAGAAUCCUUCCAGCGUGGAUGUUAACAGAAAAUCUAGAUAAUGUAAUCCGGGAAAGUGGAAGAGGAGUCUGCAAAGAUAAAACCCAAGUAAACAUAACACAACAAGGAAGAAAGCGAUUAAUUUCACCAGGAAGCUCAGAAAGUACGUCUGCAGAGCAAGACACAGGAAAAAAGUACAAAAACACUGAUCAGGAAGAGUCUAUCAUUUCAUCCAAGCAAAUGCCACAAUCACUUUCUGCGAUCACAUUAAGUAACACAGAUACGAAUAACAUGAAGACUUAUGCACAGAGAAACAAAACUCCAACAGAGGAACUUGGUAAAGUUCCUGAACAUAAAAGCAUCACUAAAGGAACACUAAGGAAAGGAGAAGCAGUGAGCCGCUCGGAGAGCUGUUCGAGUGCCCAAGGCCUCUCCUGCCAUAGUGAGUCUCAAGGAUCUCAUCCCGAGUGCAGCUCUGGCCCUGCCGACCCUGAGACUUUGCAUGCAAAGGCAGCUGAUUCAGUUCUACAAGGUUCUGAAGAAAACAAGGUCAAGAGGACAUCCUGCAUGUAUGGGGCAAACUGCUACAGGAAGAAUCCUGUCCAUUUUCAACAUUUCAGUCACCCCGGUGAUAGUGACUAUGGACGUGUAGAAGCCACAUGUCAAGAUGAGGCUGAUGACCGGCCUGAAUGUCCUUAUGGAGAAUCUUGUUACAGGAAGAAUCCUCAGCACAAGAUAGAAUACAAACACAGUACACUUCCAGGGAGAAGCAUUGUAGAGGAAGACGAUGGGCAGCCCAGUGAGCAGGACCUGAAUGACAGCUUUAUAGAUGAUGAGGAAGAAGAAUAUGAGCCAACAGAUGAAGACUCUGACUGGGAGCCAGGAAAGGAUGAAGAGAAGGAAGAUGUGGAAGAGCUUUUGAAAGAAGCAAAAACAUUUAUGAAAAGAAAAAAGUAACUUUUCUGCAAUAAUACAUGGCUCAUGUUUACUCUUUCUUUAUGGAAAAACAUUCAAGAACUAAGGAGGCACUUAAGCAAUAAUUCUUUUCCUUUCUAUAGCUAAGACUUUACUGUUGACCCACUGCAAAUGGAACACUGAAAUGUCAGCCCUUGGUGUAGUGUAUGCAAUUUGUUUUGUCACUUUGCUUUUUCUAUCCUAUUUAAAGCAUCUAGAAAUGGAAAGUAGAGUUAAAGAGAAGUAAUUGAUAUUUUUCACGUACUUUGUCUGUUGGUUAUAAAAAGUCAUAGGUCGCACAAAACUUUGGUCUUGUCUUUUUCUGUUUUCCAAAGAUUCUAUCUUUAUUGAAAACUAUGCAAGUAUAACCAGGCAAAUUACAUCAUGAGUGGAAAAGCAUGCCUCUUUUCAUUGCUAUUGAAGUAAUUCUUCAAGCAGAACCAGGCCUUAAAAGAUGACAGCCAUCAUAUAAUAGCUUUUAUUUUUCUAGUAUCCUAGAUACAAGCUUUGCAUUUCAUUUAAUACUUUUAUGCUUUGAAACCUGGGGAAAUUGGUACCAAAUGGAUACCAAAAAUAGAUUCAAUAAGACUAUAGAAGUGUUUACCACAGAGGGAAUGAUAUUCUGUGCCCCACAAAACAAAUCUGACCAACAUGGAAUUUUGAACUAUCUUGAACAGAUUAAAAGAAUCCUUCUAAAUAGAAGAAAAAGGUUGAAAUUGUAAACUGUAUAGAAAUAAGCAACAGUGAGAGUAUUAUGUUACAUAUCAAGUAAGACGUACUUGAAGGAGGACAAUACUAUAUAGUCCUAAAUAUAUUGCAUAUAUUAGGAAAAAGAUUACAGAUAAAUGAAUUAUUUAACUCAAGAAGCUAGACAAAAACUUCAAAAUAUACCCAAGAAAAACAGGAAAUAAUAAAAUUUUGAAGUAAAAUAUUUUUAAAAGCAGUAGACUUGAUCAAGACAAAAAUAGAUUAUUUGACAUCAUUGAUAAAAUAAAUACUUUAAAAAAGACAUAUUAGAAAUGAAAAAGAUUGAAACUAUAAAUCCAAUGUAAGGGUAUAUGUAGAAGUUUAUGUCCAUGAUUUUGUAAAUCUAGAUAAAUGUAUGACUUUCCAUAAAAAUAUAAUUUACCAAAAUGUACUUUAAAAUAUGUUUUUAAAGUCUGAAUAGAUCAAUAACUAUAAAGGAAAUGGCAAGUAUUCAAAGAUCUUCUCUUACUAUGGUACUAGACGCUGAGUAUUACAUGUGAUAUAUUAAAAAUUUAAAAGCUAUAAGAGACUUGCAUAAAUGGAGAUACACAGUAUAUUUCUAGGUAGAAAAAUGCAAUGCUGAAAUGCAUGUUAAUUAGCUUGAUUGCAGUAAUCACAAUGUAUACAUAUCAAACUUUCAUAUUAUGUACCCUAAAUAUAUACAAUUUUAUUUAUAAACUACAAUAUAGUAAAAAAAAGAAAGAUAAAUUCUCCUUAAAUUAAUCUAUAAAUUUGGGGCAAUCCCAAUUAAAAUCUCUGAUAGAUUCAUUAUAGUUUUACAAUCUAAAUUUUUAACAGGUUUUCAAUUCUAAAAUGAAUUUUAAAGAAAAAAUGCACUAGACAAAUAAAUAAUUUUUGAACAAAAAUAAUGGGGAUACUUUACUACUCAUCAAAAUGUGUAUAUCAAACAAAUAGGGCUUCACAUACUUUUAAAAAAAAAUUAUGGCAAUGAUGCGGGAAAAGACAGAUGAAUAAAACAGAACAGAGACUGAAGAAGCAGAUGCAGUUAUAUAUAUGAAUUUAAUUUAUGAUAAAAGUAUGAUUUUAAACCCAUUGGGAUAAGUUGAAGAAAUUAUACUCUCAGAUUAUGAAAAAUAAAAUUCAAAAAAAUUAAGGAAGAUACUGGGGGGAAGAUGAAAUAUGGGAAGGGAACCUAAAACACUUCCCUCAUCUCAUGGGGGGGAAGCCUUUCCAGGCAAAACCUGCACCUCAUAGUCUGUGACCAAAGAAAGGACACAUUGUACUCACACAAAUAAGGAACUUGUUUAAAUAGAGCAACAACACAGUGUGAAAAUAUUUGCAGCACAUGUGAUGAGUGCACCAACAAAACCCCUACAAAUGACAUUAAAAAAAUGGACAAGAGGCAUAAACGAGCAAUUCCCAGAAGACACAGUUUGCCAAUGUGUGUGUGUGUGAAAAUUCUCAACCUUGAGUGCACACAGGUACAAAUUAAAAUGAUGAUAUAGUUCUCAACUGUCAAGUUUUGAAAUGUAAAAUAUUGAACACUUUCAGUGAUAACAAAGAAGAGUUCAUUGAUCAAGACUUUCUGGAGGACAAUGGAGCCAUAGCUGUAAGUAUUUAAAGCGCAUGCCUUUUGACCCAGCUCUUCCUGUUUUAGGAAACCAUCCCAUAGAAACAUUUGUGUCUGAGUGAAGAUAACUAUACUAAGAAGUCCACUGUAGCUCUCUCUGCAAUUAGAAAAGAAAA